CCAGCCUCCAGCCACCUAGCGUCUUGUCUCGUCGCCUCGUUGUCGUCCCUGGUCUCCACAUCACGACUCAAUGGCGCCCUCGACCCUGACCGAAGGAAUGGAAGACCGGAUCUCGGAUGUCGAGGAAGUGAAACUAUUGGAGGAUGUCAAGGACAAGAUGGAAGAUGGAGUGGUGGAGCCACCAGAUUGGCUACCAGAUGGUUGGAUAAUGGAGGUCAGACGUGGUGACGAUGGUGCCCUCUAUCGGUAUUACAUAUCUCCAGUGUCAGGGGCCAAAUUCAGGAUGAAGUCUGAGGUCUUGAACUACCUUUUCUCUGAGAUUGAUGAGCACUUCAUAGAAGCCAGGGAGUUUGUUGCUCGUAGCAUGCUUGUUAGGUCACAUGAAUGGCUUCCAAAGGGGUGGUUGAUCGAGAUCAGAGCGGGCGGACGAAACAUGGACAAGAUGUACAAGAUCAUUUCUUAA